AUGGAUCUCCUCGUGCGGGGCUGCUGGCUCCUCUGGGUGGCCGCCGCCGCCUCGGCCCGCGGGGAGCCGGGGGGCAGCAAGAGCAGAAGCUGCGCUGAGGUCCGCCAGGUCUACGGGGCCAAGGGCUUCAGUCUGAGCGGCGUGCCCCAAGCAGAGAUCUCCGGCGAGCACCUGAGGAUCUGCCCGCAGGGCUACACCUGCUGCACCAGCGAAAUGGAGGAGAACUUUGCCAAUCGCAGCCGCAGCGAGUUGGAGGGGGCCCUCAGGGAGACCAGCCGCUCCGUACAGGUGACGCUUAGCACUCAGCUCCGCAACUUUGAUGGUCAUUUCCAGGACCUGCUGAACAAGUCGGAGCGGGCUCUCCAGGACACAUUCCCGGGCGCCCACGGGGACUUGUACACCCAGAACUCUCGGCUCUUCAGGGAUCUGUACUCUGAAUUGCGCCGCUACUACCGGGGGGCCAACAUCAACCUGGAGGAGGCGCUGGCCGAGUUCUGGGCGCGCCUGCUGGAACGGCUCUUCAAACAGCUGCACCCCCAGUACGUGCUUCCCGACGAGUACCUGGACUGCAUGGGCAAGCAGGCGGAAGCCUACAAGCCCUUCGGCGAGGCACCCAGGGAGCUCAAGCUGCGGGCCACCAGGGCCUUUGUGGCCGUGCGCUCCUUUGUGCAGGGCCUCGGAGUGGCCAUCGAUGUGGUCAGGAAGGUGUCCCAGGUUCCCUUGGGCCAGGAGUGCUCUCGGGCCAUCAUGAAGUUGCUCUACUGCUCUCAUUGCCUGGGCGUCCAGAGUCCGCAGCCCUGUUCUGGCUAUUGCCGAAACGUGAUGAAGGGCUGCCUGGCCAACCAGGCCGACCUGGACACCGAAUGGAGGAACCUGCUGGACUCCAUGCUGCUUGUGGCCGACAAGUUCGAUGGCCAGACAAGCGUGGAGAGUACGAUCGGCACCAUCCACGUUCGGAUCUCGGAGGCCAUCACCGCCCUCCAGGACAACAAAGACACACUCACAGCCAAGGUUUUUCAAGGCUGUGGAAAUCCCAGAGUGAGUGGCAAGAGCACCAGCGGAGAGGAAAAGAGGCGGCGAGGGAAGCCUGUUGUGGAGGAGAAGCCCUCUGGGGUUGGCCUGGAGAAACUGGUCUCAGAAGCCAAAGCCCAGCUCCGAGACACCCGAGACUUCUGGGUCAGUCUCCCUGGAGUCCUGUGCACGGACAAGGUGGCCAUGAGCUCAUCCCUCGACGAACGCUGCUGGAAUGGGAUGACGAAAGGACGGUACCUCCCUGAAGUGAUGGGCGAUGGCCUUGCCAGUCAGAUCAACAACCCCGAGGUGGAGGUGGACAUCACCAAGCCCGACAUGACCAUCCGGCAACAGAUAAUGCAACUCAAGAUCAUGACGAACCGCCUGCGCAAUGCCUACAACGGCAAUGACAUCGACUUCCAGGACACCAGUGACGACAUCAGCGGCUCAGGGAGCGGCGAUGGAUGUUUGGACGAGGUCUGUGGGAAAAGACUGAGCAAAAGUCAGAGCACGAGGCAGCCGGAGACCCACGCCAUCCCCAAGCUGUCCGAGCACGAUGGGAGUGGCGCAUCCAGCUGCACCCGGCCCUCCGCCCUGCUCCUCCCCCUGGCCCUUGCUGCAGCAUGGUCCCUAGGGCGAUAA